GUGACCCCCACCGGAACCAGCGGCUGUUUACAUGACAGGAAAGAAAUGUCCCCGUCGCUUUUUAAAGGCGUUUAAUUGACUGUUUUUUCUGCAGAAAUGUCUCCGUGAGCUGUGUAAUUAUAAAGUGUGAAGAUGUUGGAGAGCGGCUCCAUAGAGGUGUGCGUGAUUCCGGAGAACCAGCACUGUGGAGAGGUAGCGGACAUCCAGAAAGCGGAGCUGGCUCCCGGCGGUUCGCUGCUCGGAUGUCUGGGGCUCCGCGGCCGCCUGGUGGUCUGGAACCCGGCGGACAGAGACGCUCCGCCGGCCGCAGCGGACGGCUGCUACGCUGAUUUUUGCUGGGAGGAGGCGGCUGUGAGCGGCAGCGGUAGCGACGGUGGCUUCAGACUGCUGGCUGUUGGAUCUCAGUGGGACCUGAAGCUGCUGGAGGUGGAGACAGAGCGCUCGGCCUCCAUUUCGGCGCCCUGCGUCUCCGAGUGUCCCGCGGAUCGCCUGCUGCAGACUGUCAGACAGCACGAUGACGGUGUGUGCGAUCUGCAGUCGGUGCGCGUGUUGUCGUUUGCCGCCGGCCACGCCUGCGUGCUGCUGAACCGUGAUUGGCUGCUGCAGCUGCGGUGGCAGCAGGCGGAGGUGGAGCCCCAGAUGUUGUCCUGCUGCAGCAUCCAGCUGACCCACGGCAGCGGACACACUGCCGUCCACCACUGUGUCUGCAGGGAAACCCUGUUCAUCCUCCACUCCACUGGACUCAUCUCUGUGUACAACAUCUGUGACGGCCGUCUGCUGGCCAGCGUCGACCUCCCGGCGUACCUGACUUCUGUCCAGGCAGAGGACGACUUCGUCUCCUCCUCUUCCUCCUCCCUCUCCUCCUCUCCCUCCUUCUGCCUCCUCCAGGUGUCAGCUGAUCUCAGCACAGCCGUGGCUGUCACUCGGUCUCACGCCGCCGUCGCCGUCGACCUCGACCACUACUUCAGUUUGCACCCGGACCACCUGCUGUGUGCCGCCUCCCGCCCCCCCUUGCAGCCCCAGCACCUGACAGACCAGGACAGUGUGUCGAGCUCCAACUGCAGCAUGGCCUCCCUCGGGUCCACCUUCAGCACUGACCGCUCGUGGGAAGCUCGUCUGGCCUCCAUGUACCGCCGAGCCCAGCAGGCUGCUCCUCCCUCCUCCUCCUCCUCCUCCUCCUCCUCCUCCUCCUCCUCCUCCUCUUCUUUCUCCUCCUGGUCCUCCUCCCUUCCCUACCUGGAGUCCCACCAGGCCCCGUCCGCGGCCCACAGCAGAGUGCCGCGCGGUGGGGCCACCGUCGCCUUCUCCGUCCCUGAAGCGUCUGCUCCGUCUCAGCUCACCGUGUCCGAAUUCUCCGCCCAGCUCACCUUCGUCUCCCCCGGCAACAGGCAGACCACAGUGGCCCUCUGGGAUUUGGAGUCUGGCAGAGUGAGCCACCACCAGGUGGCGGAGGGCGAAGCGGCUCCGGUUCAGCGCUGCGGAGAGAGACAGCACAGACUGCUGCUCAAGAAGGCUGGUGUGUUCCAGGUCUUGUUCUCAGUUUCCCAGCAGGACUUGCUCAGCAGGCUGAUGCUGUUUGGCAGCGCAGCAACAGUAGACGCAGUCUGUCACCUGAACAGCUGGGGGCGCUGCUCCAUCCCCAUCCACGCCCUGCAGGCUGGUCUGAAGAACCGUCAGCUGGACACGGUGGAUUUCUACCUGAAGAGCAAAGAGAACCUCCUGAGCCCUGCUGCCGAUCAGCCUCCAGCCGCCUCCACGCUGAGCCUGGCCGACAGUUUCCAGGAGAUGUGUCCUGCCCUGGACCUGCUGUGUUCGGCUGUCAGAGAUUCAAACAGCGAAGCUCAGAGCCGACAGUUCUCAGAACAGCUGCUCAACAUCACCAUGAGCUUCGUCAACACGCAGAUCCGCUCGGUGCUGUCCAACAACAACUGCGAAGACGCGGGCGUGCGGAGCUGCGUGGACGUUUUGGACCGCUACGUCACCGAGCUGCGGAGCUACAUGAAGAGGUUCCCCUGGCCCGCAGGGGGCGACACCUCCAGCACCCAUCCUGCCGAUGGCGCUCCGGAGGAGGCUCAGAGAGACGAGUGGGACCAGCUGCCCACAGAGGAAGUGGUGCGUCAGUCCGUCCUGACCAAUCAGAUUGCCCGAGCCCAGGCCGUCCUGCGGCGGCGGGGGCGGCCGGAGCGGCGCCUGUCGGCUCUGAGGAUGGAGGGUCUGCGUCAGGUGUUCUCCUGCCUGCAGCGCCGAGACCUGCACACCGCCAACGCCCUGCUCGUCAACAUGGGUUUCAGUGUGAAGAAGCAGCUCCACAGUAUCUGCCUCUACACCGACGACAGGGACCUCCGGGAGUUUGUGGUGGAGGAGAUGUCGGGGCGGGGUUAUUUUCCCGAAGAGGAGAUGCCGAGCGUGGCGUUCAUCAGGGAGAUGGAGAGGUUGGGGUCUCUGCCUGCUUCCCGCUGCGCCGCAAACACCAAAUCACACAGCAGGGUACAGAUGGUGCGUAGGGAGGCGGCAGCGGGUGUGGGUGAGGCGGUUCUGGAGGCGCUGGCGGGCCAGAGGACGUCCCAGGGGGACGAGGGACUCUGGAGGAACGUCAGACUGGACUGGGUGAGGAACUGGGACCAGAGCUGCCAGACCGCCGUCCUGCUGUCCAGACUCCAACACACAGAGGUGACUUCCUGUGACUCGGCGUUGCUGUGGCGAUACCUGACGGCGCUCCACGACCAGCAGCGCGUGGUGGACUGGAUCCAGAGCGCCGAGGCGUCCGGCGGCUCCCGGUGGCCCGAGUUAACCCCCGAGCUGGUCAACAGCAACACGGUCUGCAGCGGCUACAUGAGGGAGCAGAUCCUGGACCUGCUGGCCAGGAGAGGGGUGUUCGUCCCCGAGGAGGUGUCCGACCUGGAGCGGCUGCUGUGGAGGCUGGCUCAGGGCGGAGGGGUGAUGUCCCGGUCCCCUCCCGUCCCCCAGUACCGCUCGCCCCUCGGCCUGGACCUCCACAGCCUCUUCAUCUCCUUCUGCCUGGACCACGGCCUGCAGUACCUGCUCUACAGCUACCUGGAGCACUACAGGUUGACGCCCAGAAACUGUCCCCUGUUGGCCAAUCGGAGCGCGUCGGAGAGCCGGCCGUGGUUUGAGAUGCUGGUGACGAUCCAGGAGAUCACCAGAGACCUGUCAGAUCCAGGCCUGGUGUUCCAGGCCAGUCUAACCAGUGCCCAGGUCCUGUUGCCGGGCAGCCAGGCGUCCCUGAGCAGUCUGCUGUUAGAGGGCCACAGUCUGCUGGCCCUGGCUGCCAUCAUGUUCGCCCCCGGAGGAAUCGACCAGGUUGUGGUUCAGGGCCAACGCUCGGGCCAAUCAGAGAGGACUGUCGACCCCCAGCUCCUGAAGCUGGCGCUGGCACCGCACGCCAAACUGAGGGCCGCCCUGUUCCCUGCCGGGCCCCGAGGACACAGCUCGUCCUCCGACAUCUCCGUCUAUCACCUCCUGCAGUCGCUCCACCCUCUGGACCCAUCCCGGCUGUUCGGCUGGCAGGCGGCAAACACCCUCAACUCCACCGAAACGUCGGAGCUGCCUCAUUUCUCCAGCCCUCACCUGGUCAGCCGGUUCGCUCUGGUGGAGAACCUGGACUUCCUGUACUACCUCCGUCACGGCCGACCGUCCGUUGCUUACGCCACCUUCCUCGUCCAGCAGCUGAGCGGCUGCAGCGACGUCCCGCUACUGCUGCAGCGGGCCUGGCAGCAGGUGUACCGGUUGGCCCUGCGGUGGUUUAACGUGGCGUCCGUGGCGUCAGCGGCCGUGUGUUUCUCCGAGCUGCUCGGCGUCUGCAGCCUCAAGCUGAGGGUCGACAUCCGGGCCAUGAACGCCAUCCUGCAGCACCGGAACCAACAGCACACACACACACCUCCAACACAACAUCUACACACACUGGUGUCUAAAGGUGUAAAGCUGGCAGAGGCGGAGCCUGGAGCAGCGGAGGAGCUGAUUGGCUACCUGGAAGCGGCCGUGACAGACAGCCUGGAGCAGAAGGGCUUCAGCAGGUCGUCCUACGAGUCAGCACAGGAGUGGGCGUUGCCCGUUCAGUUCUGUCAGCUCCACGGUCUGCCGCUCAGCUCCGUUUACCCCGCCCACUGCGCCGAGGACGGACAGUUCAUCCAUUUCCUGUUGUUUGUCCAGCUGCACAACUUUCCGCCUCAGCAGGUGAGGUCCCUGGCAGCUCAGUUUGGCCCAGCCCUGCAGGCCCACCUGAGUAUGGCGUUUCAGGACCUGCAGGUGUACAGUCAGAGCAGUUUGCUGCGUGGCUCCGGGGAGCAGUCAGUCUUCCCGAGCACCGACGAGGAGCACCCCAGGGAGCUGUUCCAGGUCCUCCUGCAGAGCCAGGAGGAGGCAGCGCCCGUCAGGUUCCUGCUGCAAGAGGCGCUGCUGCAGCGCUGCCCAACGCUGGCUGUAAUGGCUGCCUGUCAUCAGGGGGCGGAGCUGCUGGCGUGCCUCUGCGUGUGGGUGUUGACCUCUGUGGAUGAUGUCACAGCGGGGGAAGCCACCUCCCACCUGGUUCAAGCCCCGCAGCACCACGAGUGGAGCCUGCACGACCUGUCGAUCAUCUGGAGGACGCUGCUGGUGCGGGGCCACGUCAGGCCCCUCAUCCAAGGCUUCCAGCUCUUCCAGAGGGACUGCCCCCUGGUGCUGGUGCUGCAGAUGUUCGAGAUGUGUUGUGACUACAGGAACUUCUCCGAGGCUAAAGCCAAGCUGCUGGACUUCCAGAGGACGCUCAUCGCCCUGAGGAACGGCGGGCUGGCGGCGCCCAGCGGCUGCCCCCCCCUGCAGUGGGUGGAGAGCCAGGCCUCGGUGCUGCUGCUCACCAUGCUGCAGCGCUGCUCCUCCCAGUACGACCUGCACCGGCUGCUGCAGCUGCUGGCCGACGUCGACAAACUCCUCAAGUCCAACGGUCCUGACUUCAGGAAGCUGAGUCAGAUGAGUCAGCUGCUGCAGGGGUCAGGGGUCGGGGUGUCUCGGCGGCUGCUGCAGUGCACUUCCUCCUCGGUCCAGCAGGAGGAGUUCCAGGCUGCAGUGGACGCUCUGCAGGCCAGGGGGCGCUACGGUCAGGCCCGCCAGGUGGCCCUGCUGGCUGGCCUGCCCGUCCACCGCCUGCUGCUCAGCCAGCUUCUCCAGGAAGUAAACUCCCAGAAGUCCAAGCGGCAGUGGGGGAGGCUGGAGACGCGAGUCGGUCUCUGGAGGAAAUGUCACGAGCAGCUGAAAGCCGAGAGCGCCGAUCCAGAGUCGGCCUCGCAGUUCUUCCUGUCGGCGGCUGAAACGGAGAGCGCCGGCUGCCCGGCGGCUCCCGACGCGCCGGGCGAGCGGCUGGACGUCACCGAGCGCUGCCUGCUGCUCUGCCUCGCCGCGCACUGGCUCUCCCUGCUGCCCUCGGUGCCCCGGCACACGCUGGAGAGCCUGGAGAAGGCGCUGUGGGUCAACCGAGUGCGGCGGCACGUCCUCGGCGCCGCCAUGGAGAAAGAGAGCGUCUUCUACGUGCCGUCGGCCGCCGUCGCGCCGGAAACAAACGCGUACGAGGCGCUCGCGCAGGAGUUCUCCUUCUCCAACAUCUCCUGCCUGAACACGGAGGCGUGUCUGAGUCUGGACGGGCUCCCGGCGAGCGGCGAACCGGACGCCGACUCGCCGCUGAGUGCGGAGGAGAGGGGCGUGCUCUCGGCGCUGAUUGGUCAGCUGUUGGACGAAGGCAUCCACGAAGCCAGCCGGGUGUGCCGGUAUUUCUCCCUGUACCAGCCCGAUGUGUGGGUGGUGCUGCGCUGCCGAGGCCUCGCCGCCGGGGAACUCGACCCCGAAACGCCAGACGAGGCGCCGGACGCUGCGCCGAUGACCAAACUUACCAGCUCUCCGUCGCUCAGCAGCCUGUCGUCCUUCGUGAUGCUCCCCCUCCCCGAAGACGAGGUCGCCACGCAGCUCCAGAAACUGGUGGAUCAGUGUCGCCACGGCAACAACUACUGCAAACAAGUGCUCAGCCUCUACCAGCUCGCCAAGGAGUUGCAGUGUUCGUUCCGAGAGAUCUGCGGCGAGCCGCCCGGCGCCGUGCUGGAGAAGCUGCUGCUGUCGGAGCAGCCGGAGCGUUUCAGGAAGGCUCGGGCCUUCAUCCGAGCCCAGGGUCUGUGUGGCGAUGCCGUGGCCCGGCUCGUGUCCUCCGCCGUGGUGCAUGCGCUGCUCGCCUCCACCCAGGAGCUGCAGCCCGAGCGUCUGGUGUUCAGGCCGUCGGAGGGCCGCGACUCGCUGGUCCAGCUCAUCAAACUGUGUGACGACCCCAACCUGGUGGGAGUCAAACUGCUGGAGAACCUGGACACGGUCCCACUGAGGGACCUGAACUGCAUUGUUGAGCUGCUGAUCGUGGCUCACGACUGCUUCAGCCUCACCUGUAACAUGGAGGGGAUCGUCCGAGUGCUGCAGGCCGCCCGGCACCUCAGCCACACCUACCUGGCCCCGGGAGAGGACUACAGCCUGCUGGUGCGUCUACUGACCGGUAUAGGCAGGUAUAACGAGAUGACGUACGUCUUCGACCUGCUGCAUCAGAACCAUCGCUUUGAGAUGCUGCUGAGGAAGAAGAUGGACAUAGACAGAGGACAGAGCUCCAGCCUGAAGACGGCUCUGCUGGAUUACAUCAAGCGCUGCCUCCCCGCCGACAGCGAGAAACACAACAUGGUGGCGCUGUGCUUCAGCAUGCGGCGGGAGAUCGGAGAGAACCACGAGAUGGCCGCCAGGACACAGCUGAAGAUCAUCGAGUCUCAGGCCUGGGUCGUCACUCCUGAUCUGAAGAGCUCGCUGGUCAAAGUGUUGGGGCUGCUGAGGGACGCUGCCGAGAGCUUCUCAAAGGACUCGUGUGUGCGUCAGGCGAGUCGCUGUGUUCGGACGGCGAAGCUGGUGGCUCUUCAGCUGCACUUCCUGAACCGGGGAUCAGAGCUGCGCGUCAUCAACCUGCGACCGGCAGAGCUGCUGAAAGCUGUCACGGCGCUGCCACGAUGCUACCAGGUGUUUGUGGUGUCGGAGGCUUACAGCUACAGUCCGGACUGGGCCGAGAUUUUGUACCAGAAGGUGAUCCUGAAUGGAGACUUUGUUUACCUGGAGGAGCUCAAACGCCACCGCCCACUAACCUCCAGCCUGUUUGAGGACAUUUUCAAAAAGCUGGACGGCGCUCCCGGCAGCGUCACUCCCAACGUGAAGCGUUUGCUGACUCACUGCGAUGACGUGUACAGCCGCUACCGGCUGGCCUACCAGCAGAAUCUCUACGACGUCACCAAAACGCUGCUGCAGGACGCCAAGACGUCCAGCUACCUGAACGACCGACUGGCCAGCUGAUCCACUGACCCAACCGUUGGUUUAGGCCACGUUCACACUUGGCGUCUCAUUUGAUGCUUCCAAUCGUCUGUUUUUACGUUACGAUCCUAUACGGAGUAAGCCGUGUUUUCAAAAAAGUCCGGAGUGCUUUUUUAAACGCGCUUUUUCUGCAGCUCAGAGCGUCUUUUUCAAGUUGAAACCACCCUACGUGGAGGGAUGUUUUGACAGCCAACCAAUGGCAAGCGGAGUAGCGAGACCUGUCGUUGCCAUAACAACAAGAAAACAUGGAGUCGGAGCACAGCGAGUUAUAUGGUGUGAGCGGGUGCUCUGUAUUCAGGGAACUCUCUUUGUUUUAUCUAACUGUAGCACCUCUCUGUCUCUCUCUGUCUCUCUCCCUCUCUGUCUCUUUCUCUCUGUCUCUCUCUCUCUGUCUCUCUCUAUCUCGGUCUCUCUCUCUCUC